AUGUCAAGCACUUCGUCGGCUAUUGAGAACUUUGAGUCUUGGAUAUUGAAAAUCUUAUUUGAAAUACUCCUUCUCCUAGUUCAGGUUGAGGAAAAGGAAGAAUCUGUUUGGGCGUCUGCCCUCAGCUGCUUUCUCUAUUUUGUCUGUGAUAGAGGCAAAAUACGGAGAAACCAGCUAAAUGGUCUUGACAUAAGGGUUAUCAAAGCUCUUCUGGGAAUUAGUAAAAGGAAUUCUUGGUCAGAAGUUGUUCAUUCCAAGCUUAUUUGUAUCAUGACAAACAUGUUUUACCAAUCUCCAGAACUAGAUGGCUCUACCAGAGCAACUUCAAGUGCCUCAAAUUUUCUUAUAGACCAGGUCGAUCUGAUUGGUGGCGUGGAGUUUAUUUUCUUUGAGUACUCGUUGGCAACCACUAGAGAGGAAAGAAGAAAUCUCUACUCGGUUUUAUUUGACUAUGUCCUGCAUCAAAUUAAUGAGGCAUGCUCAGUUGCUGGUCUUUCUGAGUACACUGAUGAUGAGAUUCAACCUUUGGCUGUUCGGCUUGCUCUGGCUGAUGCACCUGAAGCUUUCUACAUUUCUGUUAAGCUUGGUGUUGAAGGCAUAGGGGAAAUCCUGCGAAGAUCAAUUGCCGCAGCAUUGUCUGGGUUCAGCAACAGUGAACGUCUAACCCAGCUUUUGGCAAAUAUAACAGAAAAAUUUGACACGAUAAUAGGUUCAUUUACUCACUUGGACAACGAGUUUCUGCAACUCAAACAGAUAACCAAAUCUUCCAAGUUCAUGGAAAGCAUUCAAGGUUUAAGAAAUGAUAUAAGCAUGUCGGUGAAUUUAGCUUGGGCUACUUUGCACUCUCUUCUUCAUUCAGAAAGAACCACGUACCGUCAAAAUGGAUAUAUCUGGUUGGGGGAUCUUCUGAUUGCGGAAAUUAGUGAAGAGAGUGGUGGAACUAUAUGGCUGAGCAUAAAAGACCUGCAGCAAAAGAUUGCCCAUUGUGGUGCCUCGGAUUCUAUGAUCACUUCUGAUAUACCUAUUUCCAUACAUCUUCUAUGUGGACUCUUGAAGUCCAGGAACAGUGUUAUCAGAUGGGGUUUCUUGUUCAUUCUGGAGAGACUUCUUAUGCGUUCCAAGUUCUUACUAGAUGAGAAUGAGACACAGCGAUCAACUGGUGGAGAUGCUAGUCAGGAUCAUAAAGACACACGACUAGAGAAAGCAAAUGCUGUUAUAGACAUAAUGAGCAGUGCUUUAUCUUUGAUGGCACAAAUAAAUGAAACUGACCGGAUUAAUAUCUUAAAGAUGUGUGACAUUCUUUUCUCGCAACUGUGCUUGAAAGUUUUGUCUGCUGAUGAAGAUACAGUACCCAGUUCUGCUGAAAGAAAUAGCAAAUUUGAAACAUCGCAACGUAACAGCUAUAAAGAAACUAUGGAUGAAGCUGAUACCAGGCCUCGGUACAACAAUGUCUCUGUUUCAACGUGCGAGACAGCGUCAAUGGCAGCAAUGCUUCUCCGUGGACAAGCCAUUGUCCCCAUGCAGCUGGUUGCGCGGGUUCCAGCGGCUUUGUUUUAUUGGCCCUUGAUUCAACUAGCAGGUGCAGCAACUGAUAACAUUGCACUUGGUGUCGCCGUUGGAAGCAAAGGAAGAGGAAACAUUCCAGGGGCAACCUCUGAUAUUCGAGCCACUCUGCUGUUACUACUGAUUGGUAAAUGCACCGCAGACGCAAUUGCCUUUCAAGAAGUUGGCGGAGAGGAGUUCUUUAGGGAACUCCUGGAUGAUACUGACUCAAGGGUGGCUUAUUACUCUUCAGCUUUUCUUCUGAAGAGGAUGAUGACGGAGGAACCAGAGAAAUACCAAAAUAUGCUUCAGAAGCUUGUCUUUAAGGCUCAGCAGAGUAAUAAUGAGAAACUGCUGGAGAAUCCAUACCUGCAGAUGUGUGGCUUUGUUUCGAGAGAAGUACACAGACUAGGAAACAAAACCUCAGACAUCGAAACCUUGAGAUCCAAUACUUGUUUUCACCUGUUUUGUAAAUCGCUUCUGGUUCCUGGAGAUCUGAUCCUUUCCCACCGAUUCCGUCCUGAUAAAACGAUGAUCGAUGAUCAAGACUUGGGGUUUAUAGUCAAUUUCCUUGGCAUCUUCAUCUUCGGUUUGGUAAUUGCUUAUCAUUACGUAGCUGCUGAUCCCAAAUAUGAAGCGACUUGA